CUUUUAAUUAUAUUUAAACCUCUUGUAUUUUAUUUCUAACCGUUGCACACGGUCUUCGAGGUAACCCACGGUCUUCGAGGGAGCGCACACAGUCUUCGAGGUAACCCGCGGCUUUCGAGGUAACGCACACGGUCUUCGAGGUAACCCGCGGUCUUCGAGAUUGGGCACGAAGUUCGAGGUAUCGCAAACUUUGACCGUCAACCGACUGAUUCCUAUAAAAUUCGACGGCUUCUCUCCUCAACCCAUCAUCUCCCAGAAUAAAAUGUCUAGCUCAUCUAGCUCUAGCGAUGAUGAAAUGAUGAAGAAGUUCUUUCUUAUGGGAGCUGUUGUCGUUGAGGAAGAAGAACAAGAGAAAUGUUCAACUUCAGUUCAACACAAACGACGUAUCGUGCUCCAUCGAAACCGACUGGAAGGCCACAAUCGGUUAUUCCAAGAUUAUUUUGCUGACGCACCAACCUAUCCUCUUUAUUAUUUUCGUCAAAGGUUCAGAAUGAGGCGUUCGUUAUUCCUUCGAAUCCACGACGCAGCCGUCGAACAUGACAAGUAUUUCAUCCAAAAGAGGAAUGGUGCUGGACAAUUAGGACUAUCUAGUCUUCAAAAGAUUACUGCAGCUAUGCGGAUGCUCGCAUAUGGAGCAUCCGCUGACUCCGUUGACGACUACGUUCGGAUCGGUAAAAGUACGUCGCUUGAGAGCGUGAAGAGGAUUGUUCGAUCGAUUAUCAACAUCUUUGGAGAGGAAUACCUUCGUGCACCGACUAAUGAAGACGUUGCACGCCUGCUCGAGGAAGGCUCACAACGAGAUUUUCCUGGUAUGCUUGGGAGCAUCGACUGCAUGCACUGGACAUGGAAGAACUGUCCAACUGUCUGGCAAGGUAUGUAUACUGGAUAUUUUCAUGAACCCACAAUUAUUUUGGAGGCCGUAGCUAGCAAAGAUCUUUGGAUAUGGCAUGCCUUCUUUGGACUGCCGGGGUCUCACAAUGACCUUAAUGUUCUACAUCGUUCACCGGUUUUCGCACAACUUGCGGAGGGAAGAGCUUCACCGUGCAACUAUACUGUCAAUGGUCACGAGUAUAAUAUGGGAUACUAUCUCGCCGACGGGAUUUACCCAGAGUGGUUCACAUUAGUGAAGACUAUUCCAGCACCUCGAGGAAACAAGCAUAAGUACUUUGCUCAACAACAAGAAAGCGCAAGAAAAGAUGUUGAGCGAGCUUUUGGCGUGUUGCAAGCUCGAUUUGCGAUUGUUCGUGGACCAGGACGUUUCUGGCAACCUUGUGUGUUGAAAGAUAUCAUGACAGCUUGUAUCAUAAUGCAUAACAUGAUCGUUGAAGAUGAACGUGAUUUACCCAGAGUGGUCCACAUUAGUGAAGACUAUUCCAGCACCUCGAGGAAACAAGCAUAAGAAAUUUGCUCAACAACAAGAAAGCGCAAGAAAAGAUGUUGAGCGAGCUUUUGGCGUGUUGCAAGCUCGAUUUGCGAUUGUUCGUGGACCAGGACGUUUCUGGCAACCUUGUGUGCUGAAAGAUAUCAUGACAGCUUGUAUCAUAAUGCAUAACA